CACUUACUGCAUGGGAGACGACAUAUCCCACCCUGGAGGGGACACUCAGCGAGUGCAGUUCUUGGGAUCUGUCCUUAUUCUGUAUGUAUGGACUCCGCACAGUCCCACUUCUCCUGUCCUGGAUGCCGGGUGUAAUUCUCAGUAUUUGCCCUUAUUCUGUAUGUAUGGCCUCUGCACAGUCCCACUCCUCCUGUCCUGGAUGCCGGGUGUCAUUCUCAGUAUCUGUCCUUAUUCUGUAUGUAUGGACUCUGCACAGUCCCACUUCUCCUGUCCUGGAUGCCGGGUGUAAUUCUCAGUAUUUGCCCUUAUUCUGUAUGUAUGGACUCUGCACAGUCCCACUUCUCCUGUCCUGUAUGCCGGGUGUAAUUCUCGAUGUUCUGUAUGUAUGGACUCUGCACAGUCCCACUUCUCCUGUCCUGGAUGCCGGGUUUAAUUCUCGGUAUCUGUCCUUAUUGUGUAUGUAUGGACUCUGCACAGUCCCACUUCUCCUGUCCUGUAUACCAGGUGUAAUUCUCGGUAUCUGUCCUUAUUCUGUAUGUAUGGACUCUGCACAGUCCCCACUUCUCCUGUCCUGUAUACCAGGUGUAAUUCUCGGUAUCUGUCCUUAUUCUGUAUGUAUGGACUCUGCACAGUCCCACAUCUCCUGUCCUGUAUGCCGGGUGUAAUUCUCAGUAUCUGCCCUUACUCUGUAUGUGUGGACUUUGCAGUCCCACUUCUCCUGUCCUG